AUCUCAACCACACACGGGCAACGCUUUCUAAUCCCCCACAAAACUCUCCACAUUCCGACCUUAGUAAACACCUACUCUGGGAUUCCACCUGGAUCAUACAGACAUUGACACAGACACGCACCCCAUGUCGCGGUAGUCACGAGCCCUGGCAUGUCCUCGCCCGCCCUCCGCCAUGACGGCUCCCCCAUGGACACCCAUAUCCUGACCCACCAUGCGGACAGCCACGCCGACAUAAACAGUGCCAGCAGCAGCACAAAGACACCACCGCUAUGUUCCACAGACGGUGACACCAUCGUGCUCUCGCGGUCAGGGAAAGACGCACGCCCCCAUGAAGCCGCGGGGCGAAAAGUCAAAGUCGACAAGAAGAGCUACGAAUACCUGAUAAAGAGCGGCAUUGCAGGUGGAAUAGCAGGCUGCGCAGCGAAAACCGUCGUCGGUCCCCUCGACCGCGUCAAAAUCCUCUUCCAGACGCAGAACCCGCAAUUCGCAAAAUACACUGGCUCAUGGACCGGCUUCCCCACCGCCGUCCGCGACAUCUACCUGCAAGCUGGCGUGCAGGGGCUGUUCAAAGGGCAUUCUGCAACGCUGCUUCGAAUCUUCCCAUACGCGGGUAUCAAGUUCCUCGCAUAUGAGCAAAUUCGUGCGCGCGUCAUCCAAUCCAGAGCACAAGAAACCCCCGGUCGCCGCUUCGUGUCUGGCAGUCUGGCAGGCAUGGUGAGCGUAUUCUUCACCUAUCCACUAGAAGUGAUUCGCGUGCGCCUUGCGUUCGAAACACGGGCAGGCGAAAGAUCGAACUUGAGCUCUAUAGUACGAAAGAUAUACUCCGAGCACGCCGCACCGACGAGUCACAACCCAACCAAUGCACUCACCGCAUCCGCAACCCAAGCAGUUGAGACACUCACACCGCAAACAGGCCUGAGUAACUUCUUCCGUGGCUUCACGCCCACACUACUCGGCAUGGUUCCUUACGCCGGUGCUUCGUUCCUCGCACACGAUACCAUGAGCGAUAUUAUGCGCUGGCCGCUUCUCGCGCCUUACACCGUUCUGCCAAACACUGGCCGUGAAGAGACAUCCACUACGAGCCAGAAGCCUGCACAGCUGCGCUACUGGGCUGAGCUGAGCACCGGCGGUAUUGCAGGAUUCGUCUCGCAGACAGUAUCAUACCCGCUCGAGGUGAUAAGGCGACGAAUGCAAGUCGGCGGUGUAGUGGGUGACGGGCACCGGCUGAGCAUCGCGGAAGUCGCGAAGAGAAUAUACGUUGAGAGGGGUUGGAGGGGAUACUUUGUGGGCUUGACGAUAGGAUACGUCAAGGUUGUGCCCAUGGUUGCGACCAGCUUCUUUGUCUACGAGAGGGGCAAGUACUAUCUUGGAAUAUGAAUGGCAACGAGGGAAUCUGGUUGGUGUUCCCUACAACGGCGUUCUGGGAGUUGCAUGAGGGACACUGAGCAGGAUGUGUCCUGCAUAUACCUGUUAGCUGUCACAUAAGUUUGGCCUUGUACAAAGACGGCUGCAUCAGCAAGUGCGUUUGGUGGGUCAUUGAUAUCUCUUCUCAAUGGAAUCAGUCAGAGCCGCCUACUCGUUUCUGCUUCCUACAACGACU